GGAACACGGAAGCAAGCAUGUUCUUAUGCUACUCCGCCGUGGCAGCCUCGAUACUCUGGUAGAGAGGGUCCGUUCCUCGAACGCGUGCUCAGAUCGAGCGAGCGAUGGCGGAAGAGAGCUCGCAUUCGUCGUCAUGGGGAUUGCUGGGGAAGCACUACGAGGAGGUGAAGGAGCACUGGAGGAGGAACUUUGCCUUCUUGGACUACUACAAGAAGACGCUGGGCCGCGCGGAGCCGCUCCCCAGAUGGACUGACGCCGACGUCGAGGAGUUCAUCGCCUCCGAUCCCGUCUAUGGCCCCCAGUUGAAGGCUUUAAGGGAAUCAAGAAAGUAUGCUAUGUUUGGGGCGCUCCUUGGUGCAGCACAUUUAGGAGGAGUUUCCUGGAAAUAUUCAAAGAGCCCACAUGGUUUUGUUUUGGCUACGGGUUUUGGAGCCCUCUGUGGUGGUAUCUUUGGAUCUGAAGUUGCAGAACACUGGAAGCAGCUCUACAAGAUUGAUAAGGAGGGUGCUAAUCUCAAGUUUCUCUACUGGUGGGAGGACAAAACGCUAGGGAAGAAAGGCCAUUAAAACUUGCUCAGGGUUCCUGAUUCAUGAGCUCUCAGAUCGGCAGGUUGGCAAAAGCGAAGCGUUGAUUGCAUUACUUGUGAUGAAAUAAAAAGAAAACCCUGCCUUUUUGUUUAGUCUCCCAAAUAAAAUAACAUGCUUUCUUGUGACAAGGUCAUAACCAUAUAUUUUUAUUUUUAAAUGUGUUACCUCACCCAGUUGGAUAAGCAUUUGUGCUGCACGACCUUUGUGAGCUUUGACACUGUAACCUUUCUAUUUUGCUGGUACACUUGGCUACUGGCAUGUAUUUUGUUUGCUUGAUGUGGUGAACAAGCAUCAUUGGGUAUCAUGGAAAAAGGAUUUGCAGAUAUCA